AUACCCUCAGUAUGGUACAAUACUGAUAAAUUAUCAUGUAUAUGGCCUAAACAUAUGAAAACUAAAUACCGUAUUAACAAGGCUAUAAUAGCAAGAGAGAUGCCUCGAGAAAGGUCUGAUUGGGAGGAGUUACCAAUUAAAAGAAUUUUCGGUGGAGCAAAUACUUAUGAGCAAAGUUUACAAAAAUUAAGUGUAGCGCAAGACACGUCAAAUAUAGAUGACACUGGGAUGUCAUCAAAUAGUUUAACUGAAAAAAAAAAAAGCAAAGACGUAAGAAAGCUAAGAGACAAAUAUCAUCAUCUUCUUCUUCUUCAGAAGAAGAAGACAUCUGUUUAAAAAAUAAAAAAAAUAAACUAAAUAUAAGACAAAGUAAAAUACUGCCUCCUUUUCCUGACAAAGAAAAUUCUCUAUCAAUUGAUAAAGACAUUGAGAAGCCUACACAAAAUAUUACAAAUAUUUUACAUGACAAAAAUGUUAUUAAUCCUAUGAACAGUAAUAAUAAAAAUAACAAGAAGCAAAUUGCUGCGAAUAAAACAAACCUUCAUAUGCAAGAUUUUUCUGAAAAUGCCGAGAAUUAUACUUAUGAUGAGUUCAAGAAACUGAUUAUAAGAAAAUUGAACUCAAUAUCGUAUAAAUUAGGCAUUAUAGAAAACAGAUUUAAUAUGCUAGAAGAGAAAAUUCAAUUUUCCUGUCAUGAUUUUGAUAGCCAAGAAUGCGAUAUCCAUUUCCCGAUUUCUACAGUUACUGAGUUAAUAUCCUUUGAAGACCAAUUACAGGAAAUCAAAUUUAGGGAUACAGUUCUUAACGUUUUUAAACUUGUUGGUGGAGUUGAUGCACAUGCCAUGAUACGAAAUAUUAUGAAAAAAGUAAUGACAGAUACUUUAGCCCAAAAUUUUAGCUGGACAGGAAAAAGAAAUAAGCGUAACUUUAAAGAUUUAAAUCUUUCUAAAAUGAUCAUAC